CCUCCCACUUUUUCUACCUGCUUUUCUUUCCGGACCAGACAGCGCUGCACACACCCAUCACCUAUCCUCUCCUGUCUACUUUCUUCACAAAAACAGCAGUGAAAAUGGCCUCUGGAAUAGCAGUCCAUGACGACGUCGUGCUCACGUUUGACAAGAUCAGAGUUCGCCUCCAAGGGGCCGACAAGCAGGAGCAGCUGAAGCUGGUGCUCUUCAAGAUCAGCGACGACGGGAAAUGUAUCGUCGUGGACGAGGAGAAAUGCCUGAAGGUCAAGGACCUGAACGGGGAGGAGGACGUAUUCAGGAAGAUCGUCAACAUGAUGCCCACGGAUGACUGCCGCUAUGCCCUGUACGACUGUUCCUGGGAGAGCAAGGACAGCCCCAAGGAGGACCUGGUCUUCAUCAUGUGGGCUCCGGAACACUCAACUAUCAAAAAGAAAAUGAAAUACGCCAGCUCAAAACAAUACAUUAAAGCAAAGUUCCAAGGUCUGAAGUUUGAGUGGCAGGUGAACGACAUGUCAGACGCCAAAGACAGCUCUGCCUUCAUUGAUAAACUGGGAGGGAGAGGAGUUGUUAAAAAACUGGAGGGGAAAGAGGUCUAAGGUCCUGACUCCUGACGCCACCAUACAACAUGGAAUCAAAAACCAGACCUGGGUUCAAAUAAUAUUUGAAAUCCUUCAGAUACUUUCAGCAUUCGCUUAAGCCUGCUUAAGAGUGGGUGGGCUGUUUAAAAAACAACAACUGUUUUUACAUUUGGGACUUUUCUAUUGCUUCCAUUGCAACAGGCAAGUGCAAUCAAGUAUUUGAAAUGAGUUCGAAUAGUAUUUGAACCCAGGUCUGUUCAAAACACCGAUGCAAAAGCAGCCCAUUGCCUGUGUCCAAUUGAACUGUCCAUCAACAGAGUAUGGUAGUUGAUUCGGUCUUUAUAAAAACAUGCCUUGGUCAAAGGCAGAUUGGUGAUAAAAUAGCUACUCAUGUAGUUGAUAAAUUUCAUACUUUUUCAGACGUAACUGCUUCAUGAUUUAUACAAAUUCACAUGUAUUUUCUUGUAGCUUGGGUUCCUAGGAUCAUCCUUGAAUGUGCUUUUAUUUUUGGUAUCCUGUGUCUAUUUACUCUGUUCCAGACCAAUCAUCUGAUACAAUUUUAAGCGUACUAUUCAUAUGUCACACCUUCCAUGUUUGCUGAUGUUUGGUUGAAAUUCGAAAAUGUCACUAAAUGUAUUGUUAAAAAAAAGGAAGAUACCUCCACAGAAUGUUGAUGGCAGAAGCUCCACCCCUUUAUAAUAAAGAGAAACUGAAUUCCC